AUGCCGCCCGAGACCACACCUGCGCGGUUCGCCCGCCUGCGUCGUGCUCCUCGGCCCCUUGCUCCCGAGGCACGCCUGCGCGGUUCACCCGCCUGCGUCGUGCUACACGGCCCUCCAGCUCCCGGGACACGCUUGCGUGGUUUGCCCACCUGCGUCGUGCUCCUCGGCCCCUUGCUCCCGAGGUACGCCUACGCGGUUCACCCGCUUGCGUCGUGCUGCACGGCCCUCUGGCUCCCGGGACACGCCUGCGCGGUUCGCCCGCCUACAUCGUGCUCCUCGGCCCCUUGCUCCCGAGGUACGCCUGCGCGGUUCACCCGCCUUCGUCGUGCUGCUCGGCCCCCUUUGCUCCCGAGGCACGCCUGCGUGGUUCACCCGCCUGCUACACGGCCCUCCGGCUCCCGGGACACGCCUGCGCGGUUCGCCCGCCUGCGUCGUGCUCCUCGGCCCCUUGCUCCUGAGGUACGCCUACGCGGUUCACCCGCUUGUGUCGUGCUGCACGACCCUCUGGCUCCCGGGACACGCCUGCGCGGUUCGCCCGCCUGCGUCGGGCUCCUCGGCCCCUUGCUCCCGAGGCACGCCUGCGCGGUUCACCCGCCUGCGUCGUGCUGCACGGCCCUCCGGCUCCCGGGACACGCCUGCGCGGUUCGCCCGCCUGCGUCGUGCUCCUCGACCCCUGCUCCCGAGGCACGCCUGCGCGGUUCACCCGCCUGCGUCGUGCUGCACGGCCCUCCGGCUCCCGGGACACGCCUGCGGAGUGCGCCCGCCUGCGUCGUGCUCCUCGGCCCCUUGCUCCCGAGGCACGCCUGCGCGGUUCACCCGCCUGCGUCGUGCCACUCGGAACUCUGGCUCCCGGGACACACCUGCGCGGUUCACCCGCCUGCGUUGUGCUCCUCGGCCCUCGGCUUUACGCCGCCCGAGACCACACCCGCGCGGCCACUCCGCCUGCGUUGUGCUCCUCGGCCCUCGCCGGCUCCCUAA